AUUGAUUAGUCAAAGUGACAAAUUCCAAAUGAGUGCGUUUAAAGAUGAUACAGAAUACGAGAAUUCUACGUACGAAUUCCACUUGCAACGAGAGAGAAUCAAUAAAAUAUUCGACGAAACUAUACAGAAAUUGCGACUUUUGGCCCACUUGCCCACUGUGGUUGAAAAUGAUGGUGAAAUCUUGCACAAGUUUCUCUCGGAGACCGAAGCCGAUUUUGUUACUCUUGUGUGUCAAGAACAACAACCAUUUUCCAGAGAAAUGGUCCAAAAUCGGUCCGAUUUGACACUAAUUUGCAACAUGUUGGAGCGAAUAAACAUGCACGAUCCAAAGAAGGGGACUACAUACACUAGUAAGAAGAGUCGAAUGUUUUCGGGUCUUGAACACUUUGAUACACAUGUAGCUUACGCUCUUGAUAUUGUAUUCAAAUCAAAGCCUUUAGUGGAGUAUAUGAAAAGUUUAGAAGAUAAAAGUGAUUCCCUAAUGAACACUUUUAUCGACUCCAUGGUCAAGUUGAAGAAAAUCGUUGAAGAAAGAUUAAGCGUUUCAGCAUCUGAAGAAAUCAAGAGAGAGAACGAUCUCAAAACGGCUUACAGAUCAAGCAUGAUGUUAUCUGAUCUCAUCCAGGAACUCGAAGAGUUGCUGGAGAAACAACGACAAGAAUUAGGCCGAGAACACGACCGAAAAGAAGAAAUUUUACGCGAAUUGGCCGAAAAAAUUGAAACUCUCAAAGAAAAAUCACGGAAAGAUAUCAACCGUGUUGUCUACGAUACUGAAAUUGUGAUGAUGAAAGAUUACAAUAAGAGUGUGGAACUGCAGGCUGAAUUAUCAGAAGAUGCCAAAGGUGCAACCGAACAGUACAACUCCUUACUUGAGGAUCAUUUACACCAAGAGAAACUCCUCAGGGCUAAAAGACUCAAAGUUGAAACACAAUUAGCGAGUUGGGUUGCAAAAUACGAUAAUGAUAUUGGGGAAAAACAAGCAGAGUAUGACGAGCUAGAUGAAAUUUACCAGAAGGAAAAAAGUGAGUUGGAUGAGUUGCAAGAAAAGUUCGAAGAUCAAGCUGAAGAGUAUCAUAUUCUAAUGCGAGAGAAAGAAGAAGAAGAACAGAGAAUUUAUGAGGAAAAGGCGUGGAUCUUUUUACAAAAUCGGUCAGCUAGGAGGAUACAAAGGGCGUGGAGGGCUUAUCGAGCCCGGAAAUUGGCUCGAAAAAAAGGGCGAAAAUCAAAAAAGAAAGGCGGUAGUGCCGGUAAAAAAGAGAAAAAGGGUCCCAAAGAUAAGAAGAAAAAGAAGAAGGAGGAAACAAAACCAGUACUGAAAGCUGAUCAGGAUCCGAAUGCUCUUCUCGAGGGAAAAUACCGAGAGUCGAUUCUUGGUGAAAUGAAGUCGACUGAAGGUUUUGAUAAGAAGGAUGUAAUGGUUGAUUUAAUAAACGAUUAAUUAUAAAAAUAUAUUACAAGUUAU